AUGGUGGCAAACCCAGUCAGUCAAAUUCCCCAGACCAACAGGAGCAGCAGAGCAGUACAGAUUUGCCGCCUCGCCAAUGCCAACCCCAUGCCACUCUCGCCACCACUCCGCCUCAUCCUCUCCUCCCGCCGCCGGCCCCUCGCCACGCACCACCGCUGCCUGUCCUCCUCCGCCGCCGCCGUAGCCGCUGCCACCCCGGCUACCUCAAGGGACCGCGCCGCCCACCUCGCCGCCGCCGUCCACGGCUCGGCCGCGGCCAAGAACUUUGCGCACGCCAUCCGUUUGACGAAAUCCCUCGUCCAGGCCUCCUCCCCCGGCGCGCGCCCGGGCGCUGCCGCCUUCGCCGCGCUCGCCUCCACCUCCAGCUCCCCUGGCCCCGCGCUCGGGGUGCUCGUCAUCGCUCUCUCCCAGAUGGCGCUCCACGACGAGGCGCUGUCCGUCUUCCACCGCCUGCCGACGCUGCCGGCGCUGCCCGCCUGCAACGCGAUCCUCGACGUGCUGGUGAAAGCCCACAGGUUCGACCGCGUCUGGAAGCUGUUCGACGAAAUGCUGAGCCGGGGGAUGGCGCCGACCGUGGUGACGUACAACACGCUCAUCAACGCGUGCCGGCAUGAGGGUGCUGUGGCGAAGGCUCGGGAGGUCUGGAAGCAGAUGUUGGCGAGACUGAUUGGUCCAAAUGUGGUCACUUACUCGACGAUGAUAUCCGCACUUUGUGACGAGGGCUGCAUUGCCGAGGCUGAGCGGCUGUUCCUUACCAUGAAGGAAACAGGGAUGCGACCCAACCAUUACACAUACAAUGCACUGAUGAGCAGCCACUGCAAGAGAGAUGGUAUCAAGAGGGCACUCACGUUGUACCAGGAACUGCUGAAGAGUGGUCUUGUUCCCAAUGCUGUGAUCUUUACAACGCUGAUUGACGGUUUCUUCCAGGUGAACAGAACAAGUGAUGCAAAAAAUAUUUUUCUUGACAUGCACAGGUAUGGAGUUGCUCCCACUGUGCCCGUGUACAACAGCUUGAUUGAUGGAGCUUUCAGGUCUGGUGAUUCACAAAAAGCAUUAACAGUUUAUGAGGACAUGACUCGCCUAGGUUUGUGCCCAGAUGAGUUCACCUGCAGCAUAGUUGUAAGAGGCCUCUGUUCUGGAGGUCAAGUGAAGGUAGCGGCCAGGUUUCUUGAAGCAAUGCAGCAAUCUGGUAUUAAUCUUAAUGCAGCUGCAUACAACGCGCUAAUUGAUGAGUACUGCAAGAAUGGAAAUCUAGCUGAAGCCCUGGCAACAUGCACAAUAAUGAGUGAGGUUGGAAUUGAGCCCAAUGUGGUGACAUACUCCUCCUUGAUAGAUGGGCAUUCAAAGAAAGGGAAGAUGGAAAUAGCAAUGGCUAUAUACACGGAGAUGAUAGCCAAAGGGGUUGAACCUAAUGUGUUGACAUACACGGCUCUGAUUCAUGGCCAUGCCAAGGAUGGUGACAUCAAUGCUGCUUUUAGGUUACAGAAGGAGAUGGCGGAGGAAGGCAUUUCUCCUAAUUCAGUCACAGUGUCAGUUCUUGUUGAUGGUCUCUGCAGAGAGAAUAGGAUUCAAGAUGCAGUCAUGAUCUUCAUGAAGCACUCAGGGCAGAAGAAGCAUGCUGACAUUCGUACCUGUUUAUCGAACUCCACAACUGAGGAAGACCAUUCAAUCCCAAACAGUGUGACAUACAUGACCUUGAUAUAUGGUCUUUAUUUAGAUGGCCAAUACCGUGAAGCUGGUAAGUUCUUCUCUUGCAUGAGAGAAUCUGGUAUGGUGCCCGAUAGCUUCACUUACUCACUACUGAUUCGUGGACAGUGCAUGCUUGGCUAUGUCUUGAAUGCCAUGAUGCUCUAUGCUGAUAUGGUUAAGGUCGGUGUUAAACCCAUGACAACAGUCUGUCCUGACAUUUGGUCAAGGGAUGCACCAAAUGAUCUCAAAACUGUUGAAACAUAA